GUUGAGUAAAGUGUGCUUGAGAGUCUGACCAAUCUGCCCGAUGUCUGAUCUCAUCUUAUCUGAUUUCCCUGCGAUUACGCUUUUCUUCCUAUCCACGAUGACCUCGCCGAACCUCAUCCCGAUCGCAUCCCCAGCACAAUUCCAAGAGGCGUUGUCCGCAGAUCUUGCUCGUGUAUCGCUGAUCUUCUUCUGGGCACCAUGGGCUGCCCCUUGCGAGCAGAUCAGACCCGUCGUUACCUCCCUGGCGGCCAAGUACCCCACGUUGCUCGUGCUGGAAGUCGAGGCCGAGGAACAGGCGGACAUCGCCGAGUCGUUUGAAAUCGAAGCAGUACCUGCGUUCGUCGUUCUUCGCGGGCACACGCUUCUUGGGCGGAUCAGCGGGGCGGAUGGGGCGGCGCUGACAAAGGCGAUAGCGACGCAUCUCGAUCCGGCGUCGGUGACCGCAGACGACGGCGCAGAGAAGAAGAAGGAGGAGUCCAAGGAAGAGCUGGAUGUGCGUCUGCGAGCGUUGAUGACGCAGAGCCGUGUGGUGCUGUUCAUGAAGGGCACCCCGGACGACCCCCGGUGCGGGUUUAGCCGCAAGAUCUCUGCCCUCCUCCGGGAUCAAGGUGUCGAGUUUGCGCAUUUCGACAUCCUGAGUGACGACGGGGUGCGACAAGGCCUCAAACGCCUCAACGACUGGCCGACAUUCCCUCAGCUUAUCGUGGCCGGGGAACUUGUGGGCGGGCUCGAUAUUGUCCAAGAAAUGGUAGAGACGGGCGAAUUUGCGUCAGUGGUCAAGGGCGAGUGAGGAUCGGAGAGGUGGUGCUCAUAACUUUUGGCUCAAGUUUUUUUUUCGACUAUGUCCCUCCAGCUUUCGUGCAAAAUACAUCUCUUCUCACACAAGCAGACAUUUCG